AACCACCAGCAAAAUGGCCGGCACAUCCGUUCCCACCAAGAACGACAUCGCCGUCCCCGAGUCGAUCCUCAAGAAGAGGAAGGCCCAGGAGAAGGCCAACGAGCAGCGCGCAGCCGAGACACAGAAGAAGCGAGAGGCCAACAAGAAGAAGCGACAAGUCAUCUUCGAGCGCGCUCAGAAGUACACCGAGGAGUACCGCAAGGCGGAGCGCGAUAUCAUCGAGAAGAAGCGUGCCGCUAAGCAUGACAACUCGUUCUUCGUCCCCGCCGAGCCCAAGCUUGUUUUCGUCGUCCGCAUCAAAGGUAUCAACAAGAUCGACCCCAAGAAGCGCAAGACCCUGCAGCUCCUCCGCCUUCUCCAGAUCAACAAUGGCGUCUUCGUCAGACUCACCAAGGCCACCCAAGAGAUGCUAAGGAUCGUCGAGCCCUUCGUUGCGUACGGAUACCCCAACCUAAAGUCCGUCCGCGAGCUCGUCUAUAAGCGCGGCUACGGCAAGGUCAACAAGCAGCGCAUUCCGCUCAGCGACAACGCGAUCAUUGAGCAGAAUCUUGGCAAGUACGGCAUUGUCUGCGUCGAAGACCUAGUCCACGAGAUCUACACUGUCGGCCCCAACUUCAAGCAGGCGUCGAACUUCCUGUGGCCCUUCAAGCUGUCCAACCCGAACGGUGGUUUCCGCCCGAGGAAGUUCAAGCAUUUCAUCGAAGGCGGUGAUCUCGGUAACAGGGAGGAAUUCAUCAAUGCCCUUAUCCGCCAGAUGAACUAAGUUCACGGCGUUGGGCUGACUGGUGGUUCUUCUGAGGAUCGUAAAGGGCAUCAUUGACCGUGCGUUGGGCAUAGCCGGGCGCCCGAGACUGGAGGUCGGUCGCGGUUCAUGCUUGGGACGUAGUCUAGCUGCUCGGUCUGACGUACAAGCCACUUGAAAAAUUAAAACUCAAUCCGGUACUG